CGAACAUGCAGCACGGUUUGUGUGCAACCCAGCAUCCGUCGGUUCAUGCUUGAAAGAUUCCGGAGUAUCCACGUUGCGCCUCAUCUUGCAAUAAGGUUUCGCGACUUGAACAUGUUACCACGACCACGUCUGCGGAACAGCCAGCCCGCGUUUGACCAAGUCCACAAGUCCACCUCGCCGCUUUUUUUUGAGGGCCUCAUGUUGAGGAUGAGUAGAGGCACAUCUCAUUCGAUCUCGUAGUGUAACCGCCUGUGUAUCUUUUUCUCUAUUUGUCCGAGGCCAUCCGCAUUCGAACUUCACACUCUAGGGCAACAAGACUGCGGGACGGCUGCACGCUGCUUGUUGUUGUACACUACCACAUUUUGUGGAUGUGGGAUCGGUUUGGGUUGUCGAUGAACUCAAUUUAAUAUUGGCCUGUCAGUCGCAGAGAUUGUGUAUAAGAUGGACGCAGGUCCACUGUAUUAGCGUCUCUAG